UGGUCAUUUUAUUCAGUUUUGACCACUGAUUCAUGUGAUAUAUAUUUUGUUUAUAUUUAUUACACAACAUUGUCCAGUUUAUCAGACAAGUUUUGAUGUCAGUUGUAUUAUUCCAGGAGUAUGGAUGGACAGCAUUAAUGUGGGCUGCCAGUAGAGGACACCUGGAGGUCUGUAGACUUCUCAUUGAUACAGGAUGUAAGAUCGACACCACAACAAUCAAUGGAUACACAGCUUUACAUCUGGCUGCUGAGGAGGGACAUCUACAGGUCACAAGAUAUCUUGUAGAACAAAGAGGUAUCAGUCCCUUGGUUACAACACAUGAGGGUAAAACUCCAUAUGAUCUUGCAGCAGCAAAUCUGAAGUUUAAUAAAAGUAACAAAGAAGUAAUGAAAUACUUGCAGACAGUCAUGUCAGAGAAAUCCUCAAGUGUUACUGCUGGACCAAGGAUUGAAGAUUUCGACCGACCUGCCAUGUUGAACAAAUUGCUUGGCAGUGGAAGCUAUGAAUCAUUUGACAUGCGCUGCAUGGUGACCGGGCAAUUCGCAGUUGGGAAAUCAAGUCUGGUCAAGCUUUUAGUGGGGGAUAAUGUUCCAGAAGGGAGACGUCCCACUGAUGGCAUUUCCCUCGUAGAAGGUCGCUGUGGACUUGAUAUUGAGACCAGAAAUUGGAUCAUGAUUGAUCCAGCAACUUACAAUGCCUUGGAUGUUGUAUACAAUAAAGUGUUAAUGACCUCCGUAGAAGAAGAUGAAAGUAAACAAACAAAAACACCAGGAAAACAUGAAUCUGAUGCCAAACCUGUUGAUAGUCAAAAUAAAGAAGAUACUCAUUCUCAGAAGUCAGAAGCUACCAAGUCAACAGCUUCCCCUGUGAACCUCUCGGGUGAACCCUCUACACAGCCACCAGCAGCCCAAUCUUUGUCACCACAGAUGUCCUCUGGUGAGUCUAAAAAACAGCAAAUGAAGAAGAAAAUGACAACCAAAAUGACCAAAAAGGAAAUAAGAAAGAGAAUGGAGAAAGUCCUCAAAAGUGGGAAAUAUAAGAUGAAAGUUGGAAGACUCAUCUUCUGGGACUUUGGUGGACAGUAUGUCUAUUACACAACACACCAGACAUUCAUGACUUUCAGAGCUUUGUUUCUAGUAGUUUUUGAUGGAAGUAAAAGAUUGAAUGAAGAAGUCCCUGAUGUACUGUGUUUUCCAGGGCAGCACAUGACACCAACCCCAGCAGUCUUCUUACUGCACUGGGUAAACUCAAUCCUAACCUAUUGUAAAGUGGUGUAUGCUGGCAUCCCUAAGAUCUUGUUUGUUGCAACCCAUAAAGACAAGGUACCAGUGGAGGAUGUGGAAACCAGACGUGCACUACUGUACAGUGAAGUAGAGGACUUGUUUAAGGACCAUGAGGGACGAAAUCAUCUUGUUCUUGACAAACAAAUAUUUGUCAAUGCAACUGAUAAAGAUGAUCUAGAAAUUGAAGCCCUGAAGAAAGCCAUCACAGAGCUUACUUUCGAUCAUCCGUGUUGGGGGGAAAAGAUGCCAAACGCUUGUGUCCCCCUUGAACUGGAGAUAGCAGAGUUGGUUGCUGCAGGAAAAGAAAUCCUGUCAUUGGAAGAAGUUGAAGAAUUGAAUGCAAUCAGCAAGGUGUCAGUUCUGGAUUUAGAACAACUUCAUGAUUUCCUUCAUUUCCAGCACUCGCUGGGGAAGAUCAUGUACUUUGAUACCCAGCAGCUCAGAGAUUAUGUCAUAAUCAACCCACUACUCAUGGUGGAGGUUAUGAGGUCCUUUGUGACAGACAAAUUAUUUUGGCCAAAGAAAAGAAGAAUGCAGGAAAUUUUCAGGAGAAUGUCAGACAGUGGGAUAAUAUGCAGAGGAGACCUGUACAACAUUUGGGAACAAAAGGACUUCCGGGCAAUCCUUCCAUACAGGGAGUUUAUAUUCAACAUCCUCAUUCAUUUAGACAUUCUUGCAGAGCAACGUAGGUAUGAUACAGCGACAGGAAGUCGGUUACCAGUAGAUAACUUCUUUGUUCCCUGUAUGGUCACAGAAAGAAAUACCACCAGCUUCAUGGACAAAGAAUGUACACCAGAGAGAGCUAUAUGUUUAGCGUUUGUUUUUAAAGGGACUGUCAUACCACCAGCUUUGCCCAAUCGUCUGAUCAGUGCAUGUCUGAGCAUGUGGACUUUAAAGCAGUAUGAAGGGAGAAAGCUCCUCUUUUCAGGAUUUAUUGUAGUAUCAUUUGACAAGGCACAUGAUAUUGUAGUAUGCGUUGAAGGCAACAAGAUUACUCUAUAUGUAGUCCAUAAAACCUCUGCUGGACUUAUAAUACCAGAUAUAGCCACUGGAGUUAAGGAAUGCUUGGUUAUUACAAUGGAAAGAAUUUCAGACUUUUAUCAGUCCACGAUCCAUGAAAAACGCAGCCAACAAUUACCUUUCCAUAUUGAAUAUUCAUGUUCCAAGUUAAAAUGCUUCAUCAGUGAAGAAGAAGCUUUGCAGACAAAUGAAUGGGUUUGUGACGAGCAUAACCUAACACAUAGAGCAGGAAACUACACUGUUUGGAACCAAGAUAAGAAGAAGGAACAGUGUGAGGAGAAUUGUCCAGGUCUUAGUGAUAAUGCUUUGAACAAGAGACCAAGUGAUAUUGAAUUGUUGCGUUUUUCAAACAACUGUUCUCCAAGCCAAAUGGAUGAAUUAGUAGUACAUCUAGAUAUGUUUGAGAAAUCAGAAAAGAUAAAAAAAAAUUAUCCAACAGAUACAGAGGUUGCAAGUUUUUUGGUAUUAGCAAAAUGGAAAGAGAUAAAACAUGAGUGCAAUUUCAAAGCCUUGGCAGAAGCACUGAGCAAAAUGGAUGUAUCAACACAUGUUUUGUGUCAAGUAAGAAGAGUCAAAAUAGCAGAAACAGACAUUCCUUUGGAAUAUCUAGAUUGUAUUCCAACAGAUGAGGUUUUAGAUGCAUUAUCAUCAAGAAUUGGUCAGGUAUACUUUCAACUUGGUACUGAAGUUGGACUCUCAAUUGCAGACCUAGAAAAUAUUCAGACCAAUAUUCCAAGAGACUUAGAAGCUCAGAAUAGGGAAGUCUUGAUCAAAUGGAGAGAAGACCGAACAGUAAAACCUACAAUAAGGGUCCUUGUACAGGCACUAGUAAACAUUGGGAGAGGAGCAUAUUGUUUACAGGAAAUUCUUGAUAAUGUAGAUCUCAAUACCCUUAGAUGCUUUGAAGAAGAGAGAGAUAAAGAUAAAGGAGCAAUUAGCAAGAAAUCUAAGAAAAAAACAGAACAUCACAGUCAGCAAAAGAUGUCAAAAAAAUGUCCAAUAUCUUGAAAUAGGCACCAUUUAUAAUUAAAUAUAUUUAGAACAACUAUGUAAUCUGAUGAAAAAGUAAAAGAUAGACAAUAACCGAGGUGAAAAAUAUCAAGUUGAAUCAAGACUCAUUAUUUUAAGAUGUAUAUUAACUCUAAAGAUUUUGAACUUUAAUCACACAUCUUAUAUCACACUUGGUAGGGACAAUUUCUUUGCAGUGUAGUAAUUUUUUGUGGUUCUUUUAGAUAAGAACAAUACAUCUUGGCCAAUGUAACAUUAACUACUUUUAAAUUCAAUUUUUUUUUCAAUCAUAUCCGGUGUUUUUGUCUUGCCUCUCCCUUAGUCCAUAGUCCAGUGACUUUGAAUUAAUUAGCAAUUUUCAAUGUUAAGUUUUCUGUUUAAGUUAGUUUGAUAGGAACUUCUUGUGAUAGAUCAAUGAUACUCCCUUUAUAGUUGCAUUACUAUCAGUUUGACGACUAUUUUGAUGCCCUGCCCCCUACGUCAUGGUCAAAUGACUUUGAAUUAAUUAGCAAUUUUCAAUGUUAAGUUGUCUGCUUAAGUCAGUUUGAUAGGAACUACUUUUGAUAGAUCAAUGAUACUCCCUUUAUAGUUGCAUUACUAUCAGUUUGACGACUAUUUUGAUGCCCUGCCCCCUACGUCAUGGUCAAAUGACUUUGAAUUAAUUAGCAAUUUUCAAUGUUAAGUUGUCUGCUUAAGUUAGUUUGAUAGGAACUACUUUUGAUAGAUCAAUGAUACUCCCUUUAUAGUUGCAUUACUAUCAGUUUGACGACUAUUUUGAUGCCCUGCCCCCUACGUCAUGGUCAAAUGACUUUGAAUUAAUUAGCAAUUUUCAAUGUUAAGUUGUCUGCUUAAGUCAGUUUGAUAGGAACUACUUUUGAUAGAUCAAUGAUAUUUUCUAUAAAGUUGCAUUAUUAUCAGUACAUAUCAGUUUGAUGACUUUUUCGUCUCCCUGCUUCUGUAUGUCAUGGUUCUGUGACUUUCAAUUAUUAUCAAUUUCCAAUGCUAAGUUUUCUGCUUCAGCUAGUUUGAUAGGAACUACUUACAAUAUUUUCUAUAAAGUUACACCACUGUCUGUACAUCUCAGUUUGUUGACCAUUUCAAGGCUCUGUCCACUAGUUCAUGGUCCAGCUACUUUUAAUUAAUAAGCGAUGACGCUGUCCAUCAGAUUAUCUCUUUCAGAAUGUUAUGCCGACAGGUGAGACAUAUCUCUGUGCCAACAGUUUAUCUUUUAUAUAUUCAACUCUAUUACACUAUAUUAAUCUUUUUAGCUCACCUGGCCCAGCUUUUCUCAUCACUUUUCAACUUCUUCUAGAGAACCACUGAAUGGAAUGAAACCAAACAUGGCAUGAAUGUUCCUUAUGAGGUGCUGAGCAAGUGUUGUUACUUUGCAGUCGGUCCAUCAUCCAAGAUGGCCGCCAGUGGGGGACUUAAACUAGUUUAACAUAGGACCAUAUUGGAAAUACAUACAAAUGUCUUCUGCAAGAGUGCCACUGAAUGGAAUGAAACCAAACAUGGCAUGAAUGUUCCUUAUGAGGUGCUGACUAAGUGUUGCUACUUUGUUGCUGAUUUACGGUUCAAGAUGGCCACCAGGAUAUUUGAUUAAAUAACGGGACCAAUAUUAAACCAAAUUUAGCCUCAAUUAUUAUUUGGGUAUCUGUUAUGAUUUUUAUCUAUCUUUACAUGAUUUCUAAAACCAAAGUAAAGUCAGGUGAACGACACAGGCUCUUGAGAGCCUCUAGUUGUUUUUGUUUUUAAUUUUGUUGAAAGUUCAAUAAGAUAUCCAUUGUUAGAGAGCCAGCUAGCAUGGUUAUUGUUACUUUUAACACACAAUCGGUGAACUGAUUCAUUAACUUAUAAAUCUGUCACUCUAGAAAAAUUUGAUAAUUUUGUGGGUAUUUAUUUCUAUGUUGAAUAUUAUAUGAGCUGCGUCCGAUAGAAAUCUACCUCAUGCAAAUGAAUAUCAUAUUUCGGGUUGAAAAAAAUAUAUAUGUAAAGUGUGUAACUCUUUGAAAAUUGAGUUGUUAUGAUAACCCUACAAAACAGAACAAAAUUAAUUUUUGAUUUCGUAUUUGAAUGUUCCAAAAUCAAUCAAAGUCUUUAUGUGCACUUACAUAAGGUCAAUUUCUAUCUGACGCAGCUCAUAUUUAUUCAGCAUCAAUUACCAAUCUGAUCUUCAUUUAUGUUCAAAGGGUAUAAGGGUUCAUAACCCCAUCAAGGUAACCAAUCAAAUUGCAUGAUUAGCUGGGAUAUUAGAUAAUUUGUUAUACAGGAUCUUCAGAAUGUUUAAAGUAGAAAUUCGUUCUGUAUAUUUGUAAAUGUAGGUAAAUGUAUUGUAGUCUUUUAGUCUAUGUACCUUCACAUGAUAAUGGAUCAUCAAAAGGCUCUGAAUUUGGAUUUUUUUCACAUAAUUUGCAUAUGUUUCCAAUUUUGAGAAUAUUGUUGUAUCUUCAGUACAGUUUGUUCAGAUCCUUUGUCUCUAACAUAUAAUUUUUAAUUACAACUAAAAACAGAUUAUGCAACUCUAUUGUCAUUGUCUUUUGCACUGCAAUAAUAGUUGAAUAAAGUUCUAAUUUCCUCUUCCUAAUCAAAAGAUUAUUUACUCAAUGCCUUGGCAAUGGCUUAAUUCAAUAUUUGAAAAGAAAUGAUAUGUGUAAUUUUUUUCAUAUUUAUUUUAAAUAGCCAGAUAGAUGUGGUGUGAUUGUUAAUUUAGAAAACUAUUCACUGAGAUCAAAUAACAUGGCUUGAAGUAAAUAUAUAGGUCACCGUAUGGAACCCGAUAUUAUAUUGUGAGCUAUAAAUGGGAAACAAUUCAAAAGACAAUAGCAUCUGCCUGCUUUAUGCUUAAAUUUAAAAAAAUAAAUAUGACUGAUAUAAAGCAAUGACUUUCCUUUUAGUUUAGUUUUGAGAUAUUUUUAUUUAUUCUAAAGAUUCAAAUUUAAAAGGUUUGUGCUGUAUGCUCAGAUUUAGAUAAAGAUAAUUACUUGUUUAAAGGUCUCCCCUCAUAUAGGACACCAUCAAAAAUGUAAAUUACAUAUUAUCACCAUUAUAUUAAAGAACAUAUUAUCAUUGAGGUUCUCAAACAAGUUAUUUUUUUCAUAGUAUAAUUGUUAUUGUAUAUUUGUCAUGUAUAGUAUUACACAUUUUAUAAUGAGUUUUGUAAUAAAAAUUAUCAACGUG